GCAGAGAAGAGAGCUGCCACAACAUCCAUCAGAUCUCAUCUGAAUCAGACCAGAUUUCUGAACUGAAAUACACCUCUGAAUUUGGAAUGAUGGGACCCCUGGCCACUCUCUUCUUCCUGCUGUUGUUUUCAGGGACCACAGUUCUUGGACAUGGGCAUCAUAAACCAAGAAAACAGUGUGAUUCUCUGGUGUACCAGGACGUAGUUCGGUCAGAACCCACGCCCUUAUUCACAAACACAGCCUCCUUCAAUGGAAAACUCAUCUACCAAUAUGAUAGUGACAGCGAGAGGGCAGUGCCUGAACCAGGAUGGGACAAUGUGGAAAACUGGACCCAGACGAGCCAGAUUCAGAAACAAAGAGGAGAUUUUGCAGUGGAGAACCUGCAAGAGAUCAUGAACGUCAAGCAAGAUACCAGUGGUUCACAUGUCUUGAGUGGAAGCUACGGCUGUAGACUUUGCCAGAAUGAUGACACUGAGGGAUUCUGGAGUUACGAUUAUGAUGGUAAACCAUUCAUUGAGUUCGACAAAGAAAAACCAGCCUGGAUACCAAAGGAUCCUGAAGCUGUCAUUAUCAAACAGAAAUGGGAGGAAGACCCAGGUGCUGUGUAUCGAGCCAAGAGCUAUCUGGAAGAGACCUGUAUUGAGGAACUCAAAAAAUAUCGGGAUUAUAAGAAGGCUAAUUAGGAUAAGCCAGGUGGCCAAGAUUGAGGGGGACUCAGGAAUGGAGCUCCGUCUUAUUCCCAACCAAGAAGAGAAUGAGAAGCUGUGAAGGUCUUCAUCACCAUCACCAUCACCAUCACCACUACCACUAUACUUAACAGUGACCUGUCAUUGGGUUUCCAGCAAAGAGAAUUCUCUGUAAGAGCUUACUAUGCGAGAAAAACAACAUUAAGCUGAACAACUAAACGUCUCAUAAAUAAAAGUUACACAGCAUUUA